CGGGCGGCGGGGGGCGGCUUAGCGGGCGGACGCGGCGGCGUGCGGGCGAGCGGGCGGCGGCGGCAUGGCGGGCCGGCGGGUGAACGUGAACGUGGGCGUGCUGGGCCACAUCGACAGCGGGAAGACGGCGCUGGCGCGCGCGCUGAGCACCACGGCCUCCACCGCCGCCUUCGACCGGCCGCCGCAGAGCCGCGAGCGCGGCAUCACGCUCGACCUGGGCUUCUCGUGCUUCGCGGUGCCGCUGCCCGGCGCCGGCCGGCCGCAGCUGCAGGUGACGCUGGUGGACUGCCCGGGCCACGCGUCCCUCAUCCGGACCAUCAUCGGCGGGGCUCAGAUCAUCGACUUGAUGAUGCUGGUCAUCGACGUCACCAAGGGCAUGCAGACCCAGUCUGCAGAGUGCCUGGUGAUCGGCCAGAUCGCCUGCCAGAAGCUGGUUGUGGUGCUGAACAAGGUCGACCUCUUGGCUGAAGGGAAGAGGCAGGCAGCAAUCGACAGGAUGACGAAGAAAAUGCAGAAGACGCUGGAGAACACCAAAUUCCAGGGGGCACCGAUUCUGCCCGUGGCGGCCAAGCCCGGCGGGCCAGAGGCCCCCGACACUGAAGCUCCGCAGGGCAUCUCAGAGCUCAUCGAGGUCCUGAAGUCCCAGAUUUCCAUCCCGCAGCGGGACCCCUCGGGCCCGUUCCUCAUGUCGGUGGACCACUGCUUCUCCAUCAAAGGCCAAGGCACUGUGAUGACUGGGACCGUCCUGGCGGGCUCCGUCAGCCUGGGCGACAGCGUGGAGAUCCCUGCCCUCAAGGUGGUGAGGAAGGUCAAGUCCAUGCAGAUGUUCCACACGCCCGUCACCGCGGCCAUGCAGGGGGACCGGCUCGGCCUCUGCGUCACGCAGUUUGACCCCAAGCUGCUGGAGCGGGGGCUCGUGUGUGCCCCCGACACGCUGCCCACGGUGCACGCCGCCCUCAUCUCCGUGGAGAAGAUCCCCUACUUCCGGGGGCCUCUGCACACCAAGGCCAAGUUCCACAUCACCGUGGGCCACGAGACCGUCAUGGGCCGCCUCCUCUUCUUCAGCCCGGCCCCGGACCACUUCGACCGGGAGCCCGCGCUGGACUCCUUCGACUUCUCCCAAGAAUACCUCUUCCAGGAGCAGUACCUGUGUAAGGACGUGGCCCCCGCGGCGGCCGCCAGCAGCCAGGUUGACGGAGCCGGCCCGGCCCCCGAGGGCCGGCACCCGCGGCAGCAGUGGGCGCUCGUGGAGUUUGAGAAGCCCGUCACCUGCCCGCGGCUGUGCCUGGUGAUCGGCUCCCGGCUGGACGCCGACAUCCACUCUAAUUCCUGCCGGCUGGCCUUCCACGGCGUCCUGCUCCACGGGCUGGAGGACAGGAACUACGCGGAGAGCUUCCUGCCGGCGCUGAGGGUCUACAAGCUGAAGCACAAGCAGGGCCUGGUGGACCGGGUGAUGGAUGACUACAAUGUGAUCGGCCGCUCCCUUUUCAAAAAGGAGACGAACAUCCAGCUGUUCGUGGGGCUCGAGGUGCACCUGUCCACGGGGGAGCGAGGGGUCAUCGACAGCGCCUUUGGCCAGAGCGGCAAGUUCAAGAUCCACAUCCCUGGUGGCCUCAGCCCUGAAUCCAGGAAGACCCUGGCCCCUGCCAUCAAGAAGCGGGGCCGGGCCGGCCAGGGGGAGGCCGCCCAGCCCGAGGAGGGCCCCGCCCGGGAGCCCCAGCCUGUGACCAUCCGCCUGUCCUUCAAGCGCUACAUCUUCGACCCUCAGAAACGCAUGGUCCAGUCCUGAGGAGUGAGCCGCUCCCGGCCGCCAAGCCGCAGUGCCAGCGUCUACCCACACGUGCCUCUGCCCCUACCCCGCCCCGCUGCCUGCCGGACACCGGCCCAGCCAGGAGCCGGGGCUGUCGGAGGCCAGGAGAGCUGCCCUCCCUUUGCCUGCCCUCCCACCCGACGGCAGCCGGGCCGGGGCCUGCAGAGCCUCACGGGCUGGCCAGACGGGCAGCUCCCAGCCGGGGCAAAUAAAUGCUAUUCAUAGCCCAGCCCGCUGCCUCCUAGUUUGCCAGUCUCUGGACUCGCCACUUCCACAGGGCUGUCCCAGAAGGCCGGGAGCCCUUGGUGGGGGGGGCCGGGACCGCUAGCCACACCCGCUAGUAGACCCAGCCCGG